GGAGUUGAGCGGUGGCUUGACGAAGGCACCACGCCUCUGAUUGGCUGCUGCCCGGGGGUGAACGGAGGUCAGUGCCACUCAUUGUGCUUGUCAAAAGAGGGGGGAAAGUAGACUUUGCCACCGCCAAGGCUCACUCAAGGACUCGGUCACCACUCCUCCUCCUCUUGGGCCCCGUUUUGGAUUACCUGUGUCUUUUAAAACCAAAUGAAAACAUCUUGGCGUCCCCAAAAAGACGGGACGUCUUCCUUGGCGCGUAAACACGUCUCCGCUCUCUUUGCUAGUUAGCUUAGUUAGCUUGCCUGUGUCCUCCAAGUCAAAUUUCUCUGGACCUUGUCUCUUCUUCAAGCAUCACUACACUGAAGCACCCAAAAGCCAUCAAAGGAUCCUAUUUUCCCCCCUUUUUAUAUAGAUAACAACACUCGUGGGAGAAAACCAGUGGAGUCUUGCAGCUACGCUCUCGCCCCUGCUCUGCUCGCAGUGAUUUACUUGUGCUUCGUAGCAGCCAACGCGACAUCUGAAUAUGAUUCCCGACAAGGCGCCCGAGGACGACGUCUUUCACGCGGCUGAGGAGAUGCGGAGGGGGGCCCACGUCCCCACCUUUGACACAUUUAAGGAAAUGUACAUGCAGUCCAUUGAGGACCCUGACAAGUUCUGGGGGGACAUGGCCAAGGACUUCUUCUGGAAGACCAAACACACAGGUCGUUUCUUGGACUACAACUUUGACACGACCAAAGGAGACAUCUUCAUCAAGUGCAUGGAGGGCGCAUCCACCAACAUCUGCUACAACGUGCUCGACCGCAACGUUCGAGACAGAAAGCUCGGCGACAAAGUGGCCUUCUACUGGGAAGGCAACGAGCCCGGCGAUGAGCUGACGGUGACCUACAGAGAGCUGCUGACCAGUGUCUGUCGCUUUGCUAACGUUCUGAAGUCACAGGGUGUGAAGAAAGGAGACCGCGUCGCAAUUUACAUGCCCAUGGUGGUGGAGCUAGUGGUGGCCAUGUUGGCCUGCGCUCGCAUCGGAGCCGUCCACUCCAUCGUGUUUGCAGGUUUCUCUGCCGAGUCGUUGUGUGACAGGAUUGUGGACUCGCAGUGUUCGCUGCUUAUCACCGCAGACGGCUUCUACCGAGGGGAUAAGCUGAUCAACCUGAAACUCUUAGCGGAUGAAGCUCUGCAGAAAUGCACAGACAAAGGAUUCUCACUUGAGAGAUGCAUCGUAUUGAAACAUUUAUCCAAAGAAGCACAAGAGAUUUCCCUUAAGUCUCCCCCUGCCAAACGGCCAUGUCCUGACCUCCAGCAGGAGACAGAAACAGGCAGAGUAAGAAAAACUCGUCCUGUUCCGCAGGUGCCGUGGAACCCGCAAGUGGACAAAUGUUGGCACGCUUUGAUGGCUGACUCGUCGGACGAGUGUGAACCGGAGUGGUGCGCGUCUGAAGAUCCUCUCUUCAUCCUCUACACGAGCGGCUCCACAGGCAAGCCCAAGGGUGUCCUUCACACCGUCAGCGGCUACAUGCUCUACACCGCCGCCACCUUCAAGCUGGUGUUUGACCAUCGGCCUGACGACAUUUACUGGUGCACGGCCGACAUCGGCUGGAUCACCGGACACUCGUACAUAACCUACGGGCCGCUGGCUAACGGCGCCACCAGCGUUUUGUUUGAGGGUCUUCCGACGUAUCCGGACGUGAGCCGCAUUUGGGAGAUUGUGGACAAAUACCACGUGAGCAAAUUCUACACGGCCCCCACCGCCAUCAGGAUGCUGAUGAAGUACGGCAGCGAGCCGGUGCAAAAGUACAAGCGAGACUCUCUGAAGGUUUUAGGCACAGUCGGAGAGCCCAUCAACCCCGAGGCCUGGCACUGGUACUUCACGGUCGUGGGAGACGGCAGAUGUCCCAUCGUUGACACGUUCUGGCAGACGGAGACGGGCGGACACGUGAUGACGCCUCUGCCGGCAGCCACGCCCAUGAAGCCAGGCUCUGCUACGUUUCCGUUCUUCGGCGUGGUGCCGGCCAUCUUGAACGAGUCCGGCGAGGAGCUGGAGGGGACGAGUGAAGGUUAUCUGGUGUUCAAGCAGCCGUGGCCUGGCGUGAUGAGGACGGUGUUUGGGAACCACGCGAGAUUUGAAAGCACCUACUUCAAGAAGUUCCCGGGAUACUACGUGACUGGAGAUGGCUGCCGUAGAGACAAAGACGGAUACUACUGGAUCACCGGGAGGAUAGACGACAUGCUCAACGUCUCAGGUCAUUUGCUGAGCACAGCGGAGGUGGAGUCAGCGUUGGUGGGGCACGAGGCCGUCGCCGAGGCCGCCGUGGUGGGUCGGCCACAUCCCGUCAAAGGAGAAAGUCUCUACUGCUUUGUGACGUUACGCGACGGUGUCAACUACAAUCGCACGCUGGAGGCCCAGCUCAAAAAACAAGUGCGUGAAAAGAUCGGCGCCAUCGCCACACCCGACUUCAUUCAGGAUGCUCCAGCGCUCCCCAAGACCAGAUCAGGCAAGAUCAUGCGACGCGUGCUGCGCAAGAUCGCCGGCGGUGAGCGGGAUCUUGGCGAUAUUUCCACACUGGCUGACUCGUCGGUGGUGGAGCAGCUUUUCCACAACAGAUGCGGCGCCGGCGAGUGACGAUAGCUCAACCGGUCGGAUCCACCGACUGACUGACUUAGAAUUGUCUGGCAACCAGCGACAAUAAUAUAUAGAAAAAAGAAUGAGGUUUGUUUGUGCGAGACGGAAGAACUACUUUGAUCUUGACAACGCACACAAUGAUUAAUUCUCCAAAUGAAUUCAUGUCUUCAAAUAACAUCACUUUCAUUGGUGUCGUAAAAGUUGCUUCCUUUUAGGACGUCUGCUCUUUGUAUGUUUUGUGUUUUGAAAAGAAAACUAACCUUUUGGAUUAAAACAUGAAAAGGUUUA